AUGACAUGUUCUAAAGACUACAGAGCGUUAUAUAGAGAUGAAAUCAAAAAGCAGAUACGACUAAACCAAGAACAUCUGCAAAGUUUGAAGCAUCCAGGCACACAACUCAAUUUUGAGGUGGAUCCUUCAGAAUUACCGGAUCCCGACCAGGCUCGAAAAGUGUUUUUCUUCGACAUUGACAAUACUUUGUAUAGGAAAUCUACAAAAGUGCAAUUGCUCAUGCAACGAUCGCUGUCGAAUUUUUUUAAGUACGAGUUGGGUUUCGAGGAAGAUGAGGCAGAACGUCUGAUUGAAUCAUAUUAUGAAGAAUACGGGCUGUCUGUGAAGGGUCUGAUAAAAAAUAAACAAAUAGAUGAUGUGUUACAGUAUAAUACGUUCAUAGAUGAUUCCUUACCCUUGCAAGACUAUUUAAAGCCUGAUUGGAAACUAAGGGAGUUAUUGAUAAAUUUAAAGAAGAAGAGAUUUGGUAAAUUCGAUAAACUAUGGCUGUGUACAAACUCAUACAAGAACCAUGCCAUUAGAUGUGUUAAGAUUUUAGGCAUUGCUGAUUUGUUUGACGGCAUCACAUAUUGCCAUUAUGAUAGACCUAUUGAUGAAGAAUUCAUCUGUAAACCAGAUCCAAGAUUCUUCGAGACUGCCAAAUUACAAAGUGGGUUGGCGACUUUUGCCAACGCUUGGUUUAUCGAUGAUAACGAAAGCAAUGUGGAGGCCGCCUUAACUGUGGGCAUGGGUCAUGUUAUCCAUUUGAUAGAGGAUUAUCAAUACGACUCAGAAAAUAUUGUUACGAAGGACCAUUCAAACAAGCAACAGUUCUCCAUAUUGAAGGAUAUCCUCGAGAUCCCCUUGGUAAUGAGAAGAGACACUUUCUAUCCAUCUUCCUUCGCAAUAAAGGAAAGAGAAGAUGCUGAGGAAGAGAGUGAAGCUGUAAAUUGGUCAAAGCACCAGAUCAAUGUUCAGUCGUCAUAA